AUGUCGCGGUUUCUAUCACCAAACUACUGUCUUUUCACCCACUCUAGCUUGGAUUAAAUCCAAAAUUAUCGAAAUAGACCUCUUUUAGUCGACAUAUGAUAGAUUGAGCUUUCAUCUGUCCAAAAAAUGAAAACUUUCCAGAAAUGUCCUUGCGUGUCCCACGGAAAAGCAUGUCUAUUUACAGAGUAUUGGUGUGGUAUUGUUAUUGACCUCAAGUCCGUAAAUGCUGGAAUAUAAAUUACGUAUCACGAGAGCAAGGCAAAUAUUCAAGACACUUUUACAUCGAUGACAACUGUGUAGUAUUGACUGGUGGGUGUUUCAAGCUUUCAUUAACCAUCUUGUUAAACAAAAUAUUCUGUUUACAUGUAACUCACUGGCAGUCAACAGAAAACUGUAAAUAGUUGGAAUAUAUAGAACUCGCAAGGAUUUAAACAGUCUUGAUCCUCACGACAGCACAAACCAGUUUGUGAUUAGAUCCUCCUUCUCGCCAAGAAGCUGCAUUUGAACUCUUAAUUGCUGCACACGGCAUACAAAGCACUCCAUAACUUACACCAGGAAUCCAAGAUGGCGGGUUUUCUGAAUCAUUACCCACCGUAUCCAGUCAACGGUCUAAACAUGCCUCCGCGAACCGCGGACAUGUUUUCUCCAAUGGUCGCUCCGCCGUAUGGUUAUCCAAGAAAACAAAGGAGAGAGAGGACUACAUUUACAAAAGCUCAGCUUGAAAUUUUGGAGGAACUGUUCUCCAAGACAAAGUACCCUGAUAUCUUUAUGAGAGAGGAAGUUGCAAUGAAAAUCAACCUACCAGAAUCAAGAGUACAGGUGUGGUUUAAAAACCGACGCGCCAAAGUUCGACAACAGAGUAAAGGGGAACCCAAACCCAAACCCAAGCCGAAAGCGCCAACUGUAAGUAAAGAUUCCUCACAGGCGGGCCCAUCACCAUGCAGGUACGCCAGCUGUGGGAAUAUCUGGAGCCCGGCGCACGACUCCGUAAGGCCCAUGCCCACGUACCCCUCUCAUGCUGUCAUUAACAACAGCAUGGCAAUGUCUACUGCAAGUCCUUCCUUCAUGCCCCCACCACCACCUCCUCCGUAUUACUGCUCAAGUCCAAACGGUGGAUCCUACAUGCCCUUAGAGCAUGCGCAUAUGCAUCCAAUGGCACCAAGAUAAAGCUUUAGUUGUACGUCUAAGGGAUCGUUUUAAAGGCACAAAACCUCGUACAGGCUGGAAACGCGUAUAAAGCAGAAGAAAAAAAUUACGUUACAUACCAGGUUUUUGAUAAAACCAAUUAGUUUAGAUAAAUAGCUUAUUCUGGAAUACAAUUCCCUGACAGUAAUCCUCGCAUUGU